AAAAAGACAAAAAAGAGAGAGGGAGAGAAAGAUGUAACUACUCCCCCGCUAAGGUGGCCCAUAGCUAUCUCUGUGCUAAAUGAGUUUCUUAUUUCAACACUCUUCAUAAGUAGACUUAUGUUGAAGUUGCUGUGGCAUCCGCCAGCGCCAACAUCAUGACCUCUUUUCGUGCCUUUACUCCGGCUGAUCUCAAUCGUUUUGCCAAAUGCAAUCUCGACCCCCUGACCGAAACCUAUGACAUAGGGUUUUACCUGCAAUACUAUGCUAAAUGGCCAUCACUAUUUCAAGUUGCUGUUGACGACAAAGGAAACAUACUGGGCUACAUCAUGGGCAAGACCGAGAGUUCGCCUGACUACUUUAAGCAUUCUGAGCACUAUCUUCCAUGGCACGCCCACAUCACCGCCCUCACUGUAGCUCCCGAAGCGCGUCGCUUGGGUAUUGGCAGGAUUCUCACGGAAAAACUCGAGGCCGGUGCUGAGGCUGCCGAUGCCUGGUUCGUUGACCUUUUUGUCCGCAAAAGCAACGAGAAAGCAAUCAGGUUCUACGAAAACAUGGGGUAUAGCGUUUACCGCGUCGUCAAGGAUUACUAUGGUGAUAAUGUCAACGACCCCACCGCACACGGCGAAGACGCCUACGAUAUGCGAAAGCCCAUGAAACGAGACAAAACACUCAAGCACAUUCGGGACGAUGGGCGAAAUCAUGCCGUUGAACCUGACGACGUUUUCUGAGUCUCCCAGGCCUUUCCGUAUUGCAUUGUAUUCCCUUUGCCUAAUUCUACAUGCCUCCAUCAACCGACUGGACAGUGCCAGUCACGUACUUACUAUCUGGUCCCAAGAGAAACGCGAUCACCGACCCAACCUCUUCAGAUGUACCUUGGCGCUCAAAAGCAGCUUCCGGCUCAGGAGGUGUUCCUCGAAUGAGUUUUGCUGGGGUGUAAUCGUGGAGCUUCCACGCCUUCUCCAUCAAUGGUGUGAAGAUAGCGCCGGGUGCUACCGCGUUCACUCGGACUUCUCGAUGGCCGUUUUCUUUGGCGGCGGUCCUUGUCAGACCAAUGAUACCAUGCUUGCUGGCACU